GGCCGGCGCGGGAGUCAGGACUAGGUCUGCGGGUCUACGAAGAGCUGGGUCGUCCGCGAUCCAUUGCGCCCCGGCUUGCGCGUAGCCGCUGCUCUGGGGUACCCCGGCCGAGGCGGCGGCGGGAGGCCAGUGGGGUGGGCGUAGGAAGGCCGGGAGGGCGCGGGCGCCCUGCGAGCGGAGCAGGGGUGAAGCGGCCGGGGGCCGGGACGCCAUGUCCAUGGAGGACCCCUUCUUUGUGGUGAAAGGAGAGGUACAGAAAGCAGUCAACACUGCCCAGGGACUGUUCCAGAGAUGGACAGAGCUCCUCCAGGAUCCUUCCACAGCAACAAGGGAAGAAAUCGACUGGACCACCAACGAGCUGAGAAACAACCUCCGAAGCAUAGAGUGGGAUCUUGAGGACCUUGACGAAACCAUCAGCAUAGUUGAAGCAAAUCCUAGAAAAUUCAACCUUGAUGCAACCGAGCUCGGUAUAAGAAAAGCCUUCAUCACCAGUACUCGGCAAGUUGUCAGGGAUAUGAAGGAUCAGAUGUCCACUUCAUCUGUGCAGGCCUUAGCUGAAAGGAAAAAUAGACAGGCCCUGCUGGGAGACAGUGGUGGGCAGAACUGGAACUCCAGAACCACUGAUAAAUACAGCCGCCUGGACCGCGAGCUCCAGCUAGCCAAUUCCCAUUUCAUCGAGGAGCAGCAGGCACAACAACAGCUGAUCGUGGAACAGCAGGAUGAGCAGUUGGAGCUGGUCUCUGGCAGCAUCGGGGUGCUGAAGAACAUGUCCCAGCGCAUCGGAGGGGAGCUGGAGGAGCAGGCAGUCAUGUUGGAUGAUUUCUCUCAUGAGUUGGAGAACACCCAGUCUCGAUUGGACAAUGUGAUGAAGAAACUUGCAAAAGUAUCUCACAUGACCAGUGAUCGGCGCCAGUGGUGUGCCAUCGCCAUCCUCUUUGCGGUCCUGCUGGUCGUGCUAAUCCUCUUUUUAGUGCUGUGACGCCGGCCACUCUGGUGCCUCCUGCACGCGAACCCAGGGAGGAGAAGUGGCAUGUGCAAUGGCGCCCGCUCCUUGCCUCCCUCUCCUGGAAACACAGCCUGCACUGACUUUUCUCUCUGUGACCCACAAGUGAGAUGGCGCCUCUGUCCCAAAGUCGGAUCGGCGAGUGGGAAGAGGAAGUCACCGACUGCACACUCCUGGCUCGAUGCCUGCCCUGCAGACAGCUCGUCACUGCUUUGCCCGCGGGCCUGGCCCCGUGGAUGGCCACCGAGGAGUCCAGAGAAACUCAGACUCGGCUCGUGUUUGCUGUUGCUCAGCCCAUCCAUCUUCAGCAGCUCUUUCCUCCUGCUCAGACCCUUCCCCUGCUCAGCUGGCACCGCCGCUCCGUGGAAAGAAGCUAGUGGGGAUGCGGACGCGGGGCCCAUUCAUGCUUCACCGUGGCUUUCCUCGGCCGUCGAGUUGGUUAUUCGUGGGGACAGAGGCCCAAAGCAGUUUGUGACAGAAAAUGCAGUGAUUAUUUUUCAGGGAUAAGCACUGGGGUAAAAUUGCUUUUCCAGAUACUUUUUUAAUGCUUGGAAUAAUUCAUGGGAAAUAAUGAAAAGCACGGGGCUUGGGGGUGGCUAACCGUUCCUGGCUUGAAUGGAAGUGGGGAGGAAAGAAAGGGCUGAGGGGUGCUGAGUAAUCACAGCUAAGAGAUGGGGUGGCAGGAUGGCCAGAGGGCAGAGCCCAAGUCUGGCCAAACCCAUGCUUGUUCCGUGCCACCUUCCAGGAGGUGCCACUUGGACUCUGAGGAUGACCCUUGAAGGGCUGCUGCUCCAAGGCACUUGAAUGGAUUCGAAUCGCAGGCUAGCCCAGACAGUUCAUUUAUUCCUGUGGCAUGGUGGGGUGUGGGGG